UUCAUACCAUAAUCUUCAUCUUUAUACCCUCACUGACGAUGUCUCCGGAUAUACCUGUAGAAGAUCCUAGAUCAAUCGUUUGGUUUGACAUUGACAAUACACUAUAUUCUGCCAGCACAAAGAUUUCCCAAGCCAUGGGUCAGCGUAUCCAUGCAUACUUCGUCACUCUUGGGCUCGAUGAUGAGAAAGCCUCCGAGUUGCAUUACACAUACUACACUCAGUACGGACUUGCACUUCGCGGUCUAACACGUCAUCAUGAUAUAGAUCCCAUGGAUUUUGAUCGGAAAUGUGAUGGAACACUCCCUCUCGAUGAUCUCAUCAAACCAGACCCGAGACUACGAAAGCUCUUUCAAGAUUUGGACAGAACGAAGGUUCGAGUAUGGGCUUUGACGAAUGCAUACAAGAACCACGCACAACGAGUGCUCAAGAUAUUAGACCUAGAAGACCAGAUCGAGGGCCUCGUUUACUGUGAUUAUGAGAAAAUCGGCUUUACUUGCAAACCGGAACCAGAUUAUUAUCACAAUGCCAUGAAACAAGCGAAUGUUUCAGACCCAUCUAAAUGUUACUUCAUCGAUGAUAGCCGGCUUAAUGUCACAAGCGCUAAAGAACUUGGCUGGGGCCAUUGUGUACAUUUUUACGAGGUCGGUUUGGAAAUUAUGGAUGGCGGAAAGAUGAAGAAACUCGCUCAAGAUACAAAUCCUAAUGACCCCGAGGGCAUCACACAGAUCAGUGAUUUAGAAGAACUAAGAACUCUCUGGCCCGAGAUCUUUGUAUAACAAACAUCUACACGAAACAAUGUAAAAUUAUUGCAGCACAUUUUCGUAGAUCGCUAAGGGUUCGUUUGGAUCAUCAAGGACAU